AUGCCCAGCAGAAACACCGAGCCCUACGUCCUUUACUCCCACAGGAAGGCCUCCUCCAUGAUCUCAGAGAGCCACUUCAAGUCCUACAACAGCGACGACGACGAGCUGGACUGUUUCAAUCCUGAGCUGCUUCAGGUCAAGAAGAAACCAUACUUUGCUGUCAACGAAAACGACCAGAGCUUUGUCAACCAGAAGAGGAAGCUAUCCAAGUCUAUAAUGAGAUCCAGAUCCAGAUCAAAUUCUUCCCUAUCUUAUACCCAUUUCUCCCACUCGAUAUCCACCAUCGAGUCUGAAUCCCAGCUCUUGACCUUGCUCAAAAACGACUUGAUCAAAUUGGAAAAACUUUACACUGAUGAGUUAGUUAAAACCUCUCAAUAUUCUUAUGAACAAGAAAACCUUGAAAAAGAACUAUUAAACAAAGAAAAGGCUUUGUUGAACCAGUCAACCCAAAUUCAAAACAUAUCAAGACUAAAAAGGGACUUGGAAAAAAAACUAAAAUUGGAACUAGAAUUGCAUGAGAACGAUUACUCAAAUUGGUUAGAUGAAAAAUACAAUUAUGAACUAAAAAUAAAAAAUUUGCAAAACAAAAUUAAAGAAGAUGAGUUUUUAAUUCAGGAACUAUCAAGUUCGAAUUUCAAUUUGAAUCCGAAAUUAAAUUUAAAAUACGAAAACAAAUUAUUACUUGAAGAUAAUUCCUUCAACUCUUUAAACGACUCUUUUAAUAAAUCUUUAACUAAAUCGCUCAACAAUUCUUUUAAUUCUACUCAAAAUGAUAUGAGUUUUGAAAAUGAUAACUCAAAUUUUUACAACAUUUCUUCAUCAAAUAACGAUCUCGAUCUCGAUAAUAAUAAUAAUAAUAAUAAUAAUAAUAAUAAUAUCAAAUUAACUGUCCUCAAAACGAAACUAAACUCGCUCAAUCAAAGUCUUCAGGCUGAAAAGAAUAACGUAAAAUUACUAAAAGAUAAUUUGAAAUUUAAAAAUAUUGAAAAUAAAAAAUUAAAUGAAAAAAAUGUAAUUUUAAAACAAAAUUUAAGCAAUUUAAACAACUUAAACAACUCAAAUUCAAAUUCAAAUUCAAAUUCAAAUAAUAAACAAAAUCUAAAUGUUGAUGAUUAUUUGAAUGAUCUAGACUCAAAAUCAAUAAUUUCAUACUCAAACUCGGUUUUAUCAAAACUAGAUGAUGAAAUUAAUAAUAAUGAUAACGAAACAGAUAAUGAUAACGAUAACAUUAUCUCCAAGAACGAAAAAAUUAAAAAAAUUAUAUCAAAUGAUAACAACAACGAUAAAGCUAUAUCAAACUAUUUCGCAAACUCUCUAGAUUAUGAAUUGAAAAAUCUUAAGCUAUACGAUGCCUCUUCUCUCAUGUCCGAAACCGUAUCCCAACAAAUCUCUGACAUAGAAAAACAAUACAAAUUACAAACUCAACAACUACUAAAUACUCAGUUCCAACUAAAAAGUCUUAAAAAUGAAAACAGACAACUAUAUCUAUUAUUAAAUCAACUAUUAAAUCACUCUCAAAAUCAAACUAACGUAACCAACAAUAUAAUCAAUAUCAAUAACAACGUUAUAAAUCAAAACAACUCUCUAAAUUUAAGUUUAAAUUUAAAUCCAAAGAACUCAAAUUCGGAACUUGAAAAACAAAUAGCUGAUCAAAGUAAAAAAUUUUUAGCUGAAAGGAAAAUUCUUAGAAUUCAAUCAAAUCAAGUCUUCAACUCUCUCGAUAAACCUUAUAUAAAGAGAGCUUUAUCAAGCAAUAUAAAUUCAGUUUAUUCAAUGGAUGAUAAAUCAUCAGGUUUAAAAAAUAAAAUAUCCAUUAAUAAAGAAAACAUUGAAAAUACCCAAAAUACUCAAUCAACUGACAACCAUGAUUUAUCAACCGAUACCAUUAAAACUAUUGAAGAACUCAAGACUCCCAAAAUCAGAAGAACCAGUUUUGUAACAAAUAACUCAAAGACAUUAUCAACAACUAAAACAUCUAGAAUUAACCUGAUCGGAACCAUGAUAAUUCCUUGUGGUCCAAUAGUUAGGGAAAAUGACAAUAAUUAUAAAAAAGUCUCUGAGCCGCGAAAGAGUUUAGUUCGGCGGAAUAAAGGCAAGAAUUACUCGAUUCCUGUCUUGAAUAUUCAAAAAACUAGAAAAAGUAUAAGUAAAAGUAGAAACAGAAAAAAAAGAAAAUAUAACAAUGGAGAAAGCGAUGAUGAGCAAGACAAUGAAUCCUCAAUAUUUUUCUUUAAAGAUACUUUAAAUCAAAAAAAACCUAUUAACGUUAAUCCUAUAAAAAUCAAUCCUGAAAACUAUCGUUCAACAAUUGACGAUAUUAAAUUAAAUAUUGAUAUAAAGAAGACCUCAUCUGAUUUGAAUGUCAUUGAUAGUGAUGAUGAAUUUGACAUAUCUAACAUUUCAGCAUCAACAAAUUUUAACAAUAGUAUUAAUGAUAGCAAUUUAUCAAUGGCGACCCUGACAUUGGAUAAUAUUCGCAAAAGAGAUAAAUCAAUAAUUUUUGCUCCAAUUGAAGAAAUUAAUAAGACAAUUUUCAAAAAUUUUAAAUUUAAAUUUUUUAAAAGUUGCAAAAUACAUUUAUUUAAUUGUAACUGUGAUGAACAAUUAAAAAAAAACCCUGCCAAACUUUUAUUGAGAAACGUCGCCCUCCAUAGGGGUGAUGUAAGUUAUAUGGACUUGAAUGUUGAUUGA